GCAUCACACUGCCAUGUUAUAAUUCGCAUCAAAAGAGUGACCUUUUCGCGAAAAUAAUACUUUUCAAAAAUAACUUAAACAUUUUCCGGUUCCUGUUUCGGCCUUUUCCGGAAAGAUAUCACCAAUGGCGGACGCAGCACCAGCCGGUGGACGAGGAGGAUUCCGUGGAGGUUUUGGAUCUGGAGACCGAGGUAGAGGACGUGGCCGAGGAAGGGGCCGUGGACGUGGAAGGGGCAGAGGAAGGGGUCAAAAAGACGGUGACAAGGAAUGGAUGCCAGUAACCAAACUUGGAAGACUUGUCAAAGAUAUGAAGAUCAAAUCUCUAGAGGAGAUCUAUUUGUUCUCCCUGCCCAUCAAGGAGUUUGAAAUCAUUGACUACUUCCUUGGGCCAUCUUUGAAGGAUGAGGUAUUGAAGAUCAUGCCUGUGCAGAAACAGACACGUGCUGGACAGAGAACUAGGUUCAAGGCCUUUGUUGCUAUUGGAGACCACAAGGGACAUGUUGGCCUUGGAGUGAAAUGCUCCAAAGAAGUGGCAACAGCCAUCAGAGGUGCAAUCAUUCUGGCAAAGCUGUCUGUUAUUCCAGUCAGACGUGGUUAUUGGGGAAACAAGAUCGGUCAGCCCCACACAGUACCUUGCAAGGUGACUGGUAAAUGUGGCAGCGUAACAGUACGUCUGAUCCCAGCUCCCCGUGGUACAGGUAUUGUCAGUGCCCCAGUACCCAAAAAAUUGCUUCAUAUGGCUGGUAUUGAAGAUUGUUACACUUCUGCCAGAGGCUGUACAGGAACACUUGGAAACUUUGCCAAGGCCACCUAUGCAGCUAUUGCCCAGACAUAUGCAUACUUGACUCCAGAUCUGUGGAAGGAGACUGUCUUCACAAAAUCUCCAUACCAGGAGUUUACAGACUACCUGUCCAAAAAUCACAAGAGGGCAGAGUUCCAGAGACAGGAACAGAAAGUCUAUUAACUUUAACUGAAUUCAUUGUUGAAUGAAUGAAGAAAAAAAUAAAAUGUAGAACUGA